CCGCGAUUUGCCGUAUCAAAAUUGUACCCAGUUCACAUGCUAAUCCGUGUUAGCAACUCACUCGACCACUCUCCUAUUCCAUAACGAGAUCCAAGUCCCAACCCAAAUUUUGCAAUUCUCGUUCACUCCUUCAUUAAGAAACCACACUCCGCCAGAGAUACAGACAAUCGUAUCUCCAUGUAAUGUUAUGUUAAUGUUUAUUUGGAAAAAAAUGUUAAUGUUUAUUUGGAGAAAUUUUUUUAUGAUGUUGUGGUGCAAGUUGAGUUGCUAAAACUUUGUAUUAUUUACUUGUAUUUAGGAUAACAAAAUUAUGUAUGCAUGUUGAAAUUUAUGUUUUAAGACAAAAAAAAAUUGAUUAUUCGUUCAAUUUAUCGUUUGGUCGACUAAACAAACUAUUAUUUUUUGCUCAAUAUGGUAUCGAUAUUAUCUCAAAUAUCAAUACCAAACUUUUAGCGCAUCUCUUCAAACAUUACAGGCAUUCCAAACCCAUGUGAAGGUACCUCGUCACCCAUUACCAAACCAGGGCCCAAGCCCCAAAUGUGUGAAGAAGCCACCAAAGCACUUCCAUGUACAAUACCAAAACCUUGCUGCCUAUGGCAAGAACAUGUCAAUGGAAGAAAAGAAGAGUGAAGGUAAAGUAAAGAUGAACAUCCAAUCACCCCUCACAAAGAAAGAUUUGUUGGUGGGGAUUGGAUAAACUAUGCAGGCAGCAUUGAAAAAAAGAAAGUAGAACAGUUAAAAAGAGCCACCAAAAUUCAUCUAAACAAUACCACAAACACCCACAUGAACUGUGCUUUCUUGGUUUCUGCUGUUAGCCCUUUCCCUUGGUUCCCAAUUUAUAUAACCCUUCAUCUUCUUUAUACAUGCAUUAGAAAGAAAACAUAACAAAAACCCAAUUUAGUUACCACACACACCAUCAAACCCAUUGGGUAGCUGUUGGAGUGUUCCCUUCUGCACUAUUUUUCACUACUUUGUGAAUGAGAAUUGUGGCAACUGGUAGAGGUGACUUUGCCAGAAUGAAGCAGUUGCUCCAACAACAUCCCUCCCCCGCUGCAUCUCGCACUGCAUCCAGCAGCAUUGGCUCGUCUGGAGGCAACAAUGAUCGAGAAGUUCUGGGUUCGAAUAGUCUUUGGUGCUACGUCAAGGAAAUGGACUUCAACCCUGCUCGAAUGAUUUUGGCGGAGAUGAUGGGAACUUUCAUAUUGAUGUUCUGCGUGUGUGGGAUCAUAGCAAGCACCCAGAUACUCAAAGGCCAGGUUGGGCUGUUGGAGUAUGCUGCCACGGCGGGGCUAACCGUCGUCGUGUUGAUCUUCUCCAUAGGCUCCAUUUCCGGUGCCCAUGUCAAUCCCGCCGUCACCAUUGCCUUCGCCGCAUUCGGCCAUUUCCCCUGGCCCAGGGUUCCGUUCUACAUAUCGGCUCAAACGAUCGGUUCGAUCCUGGCGACAUACGUCGGGAAGUCGGUCUACGGGAUCGACCCGGAACUUAUGGCUACUAGACCGCUUCAGGGCUGCGUCUCUACCUUCUGGGUUGAGUUCAUGGCCACUUUCAUGAUCAUGUUCGUCGCCGCCGCGUUGACUAGCCAUGCUCAAUCAGUGGGUUACUUGUCUGGAUUGAUCAUCGGAAUGUCCAUCGGACUCGCGGUGCUCAUUACAGGGCCGAUUUCAGGUGGGUCGAUGAAUCCGGCGAGGUCACUUGGCCCGGCGAUCGUGGCUUGGAACUUUAAAGACAUAUGGGUAUAUAUAACUGCGCCGAUCGUGGGAGCUCUGGCCGGAGCUGUGACGUUCCAUGCCCUGAACCUGCGGCAGAGGAGCGUGCAGCCGUGUACAGUGGAGUCGUCUCCGUCGCCGUCGCCGGAUAGUGGGUUGCUGGUUCACACCAUAGCUUUUGCGGAUAGCUAAAGAGUCGGUUUGGGUUGUGGAAUUCUAGUAGUUGAGGAUUAGAAAUGGUCCCAAUCGAGCUGGUUUUUUGUUUUAUAGUUUGUAGUUUGGUGUGGAUAAAGUGAAAAGUUGUGUAAGAAAGAACAUUAUUCUCAUCAGCCUGGUGGAAGGAGAUGUUUUGUUGUUACUAUCAGUUUGGAAAAGGGGAAUUGGAUGGAUGUUCAUAUAUAUACUUGGUUCAUACAAAAACAAUUUGUCCUAUUAAUGUGGGGAGGAUAUUUGGGGUUCUUAAUUUGGUUGUUCGCAUUUAAUUUGCAAGUUUUGGUUUAAGGGUUCUGGGCAAAUGCGGACCGGUCUACCGCAAGUUUGGUGCGCCCCCAUUAAUUACCUUUUCUUUUUUCUUGGUUUUUCGCCUGACGAUUGGGUACCGCAAGUUUGGUGCGCCCCUAUUAAUUACCUUUUCUUUUCCUUUUGUUUUUCGCCUGGCGAUUGGGCAAGCUCAUCCCUUCCAAUUGCGGUGCGGUUCCCAUGAGUCGUUUAGUCUCCAUUCCUUUUGCCCCUCUGAUCCGUCAAAUCUCUGGAGGUUGGCCAAGAUGGAGCUAGCCGGAGAAUCGAAGAGCCAACGCCAAGUUUCCCCCUAUCUCCGCCGGAGUUUAUGGUAUUAGGGGUUUACUACAACGAGUCUACCAUUAGCCAUUAGGCGCAAUUCCGAAGUAAAUUCUCUGCGCGGUGUUUAAUCCACUUACCCCCUCCGACGAUCCCUGACGGCUGGCCAAGCUGGGUUCCGAGAUGGUCCUUUCUUGCCAAACACUUAUCGCCAAUCAUAUCAAGGAAUCCCCUUCUCCUUCUCCCAGAUCCCACAUUUUUCCAGGAUGGCGGCUAAUUGAGUUUGAGCGCCGCUAAAACUGAGGAUAUGGAUUCAACCACUCUGUACAUCACUAUGGAAUUGGCUUAACCAAACAAUGAGGGUAAGUUGUAUUCGUUGAUGAGAUCCAUUGCAUGCAGCCGACCAUCUUACUUGCGAUCGAGGAGGAUGAGGGUUGCAGGAGAUGGCGCUGCUGAAAGUAAACCCAAAUUAAAGAGGGACGCAGAGAGAAGCACUCAUGUUAUGUGUGAGAGUCUGGUGUCCAAGAAAAGAAUGUUCUCCCCGAUUUUGAUUGGGGUUGGAACCCGGUGAGAGAGACAUGAUGCAAGCUAGGGAAGGAGAUGGAAGUCAUGGAGCUGAAUUAUGUUUUUAUUUAUUGACACAUGUUAUUGAUCGAUCUUCGUUGCAUGUAUGUAAAGAGAUGGCAGGGGUUUAGGGUGAAGCAAUUACAUAUGGAAGGGAAGAAGGGAACUCAACGUACAAUGGAGAUUUGUAUGACAAGAAAUAAAUUAAUUAUAUGAAGCAAUUAUAGAAUACAAUAAUCACACAUUGAGUUAGCAUUCUAUCGUAAUACAAUAGUCACACAAUCAGGCUUGCUCAAUAUUGUUUGACUUUGUUAUCAUUAUAUGAGUAAUAGUUGGAACAAAACGAUGGUCUAGGGUUCAAAUGUGAAUUAUCUUGACAUUCCUAGAAAUUAAAUAUAAGAAUACAUGUUAAUUGAUUUU